AUGUCUUCGGAACCAUUCAACAACGUUUACCUUCUACCACAAACUAAUCAAUUGAUCGGUUUGUACACAAUCAUCAGAGAUAAGAAUACGACGAGACCAAAUUUCAUAUUUUAUGCGGACAGAAUUAUUAGGUUACUGGUGGAAGAAGGCUUGAAUCACUUGCCGGUUCAAGAUUUGACUAUCGAGACUGACACGGCAGAGAAGUACGAAGGGUGCUCAUUUAUGGGUAAAAUUUGCGGUGUGUCGAUCGUUAGAGCUGGUGAAUCAAUGGAACAAGGUCUGAGAGAUUGUUGCAGAUCAGUUCGGAUUGGUAAAAUUUUAAUCCAAAGGGACGAGGAGACAGCGCAACCAAAGUUGUUCUAUGAGAAGCUUCCUGAAGAUAUCGCGAAUAGAUACGUUUUCUUGUUGGAUCCCAUGUUGGCCACGGGUGGUAGCGCAAUGAUGGCAACAGAUGUUUUGAUCAAGCGCGGGGUUAAACCUGAAAGAAUCUACUUCUUGAAUUUGAUCUGUAGCAAAGAAGGUAUCGACAAUUACCGAGCUCAAUUCCCCGAUGUCAAGAUUGUAACCGGUGCAAUCGAUAAAGGAUUAGAUAAGAACAAGUACCUUGUUCCUGGUUUGGGUGACUUUGGGGACAGAUAUUAUUGUAUAUAA